AUGUCCAUGAUGGACGCCAUUCAGUCACUGCUCGACAGUGAGGCGGAGCACGGAGUGAUCAGAGUGGGUCCUCUGCCAGACGACUUCACCAGCGCGCUAUAUACAAAAGAGGCCUUCGCAGCAGGCGCACUGAGAGUCGCGGAUCUGGUGGCCUGGGCCGUGGUGGAGCUGGACAUGCUGUAUGGGUCUGUGCAAGCGCACCGCGGACUGCCAGUGGACAGCAAAGAAUUCAAGGCGGAGCUUGACAAGGUGAAGAAGAAACCCUUCCGUGACUCAUGGAAGUCAGCAGUGGCGACAAUCUCUGGUGGCCCCUCCCCUUGCAAGAGUGGCAGCGGAAUGUCAGCAUGUGAAGAAUGCCCUUCCUCAAAGGAAUCCAGGGGCAAAAGGCAAGCAGCAGACCAGGGCAGGCAAAAACAAUCCUUUCCAGAGAGGCGCAACCCUGGAACAUUGCUGUGGCAGCUGCAGGAGCUGCAGCAGUAUGUGCGAGUGCCUCUGAGAGCGAUGGCGCACUCCACCAAGUGCUUGCCUGUGUUCCCGCUCGCGGAGACAGACAACAUGCUGCACGUGCUGCAGAUACUGGCACACUUGGACGACUCUAUCGUGCUGCUGCCGGGCAACAAAGGCCACUCCGACUCCAUCAUCACUCAGGAAGAUAUGUUCCACCAAGUGGCGUUGAUAGCACAGCAUGACCCGUGGGCAUCAUACCUGGACCAGGUCACCAUCGCCAUGUGCAG